GCAACUAUUGCAUAGCGUAAACAUUGGCAACUGUUAAAAAGGCGUAUGGUAACACUUAAUAUAUCUGCGUGUUCCUUUCCUUUUCGUAAAUUUCCUGCACAAAGAUGGAGCAAAACGAAGAAGUUGUUAAGAAGAAGCGCGCCUUCAAGAAGUUCACCUACCGUGGUGUUGACUUGGAUCAGUUAUUAGAUAUGCCCAAUAACCAAUUAGUUGAGUUGAUGCAUAGCCGCGCCCGCCGUCGUUUCUCUCGUGGCUUAAAACGCAAACCUAUGGCGUUAAUAAAGAAACUUCGUAAAGCCAAAAAGGAAGCUCCACCAAAUGAGAAACCCGAAAUUGUAAAAACACAUUUAAGAAAUAUGAUUAUAGUGCCGGAGAUGACUGGCUCUAUAAUUGGUGUUUACAAUGGCAAAGAUUUCGGUCAGGUUGAAAUCAAACCAGAAAUGAUUGGUCAUUAUCUAGGUGAAUUUUCUUUGACAUAUAAGCCCGUCAAACACGGUAGACCCGGUAUUGGAGCUACUCACAGUUCUCGGUUUAUUCCAUUGAAGUAAACGGAGAGAAACAUAUUGAUUGAUAUAGCUAGGGAGCGAUGAUUCGAAAGAAUAAAAAUUAAAAUUAAUGAAA